AUGAAAUCUAUCGCUCUUGCGCUAGCAAUCGGCGCAAAGUGUGCGUUGGGCUUGGGUCUUCAAAUGCCCAUUCUCCGAUUUACAGACAAGGGAACAUUUCAGAUCUCCGUAUUCUCGGAUUUGCAUUAUGGCGAGGCCGAAGACCUGGACUGGGGUCCGCAACAGGAUGUCAACUCAACACGAGUUAUGAGUAGUAUCCUAAACCAUGAGAGUCCCCAGCUUGUCGUGCUCAAUGGCGACUUGAUCACCGGUGAAAAUACAUUUAGAGACAAUUCCAGUCACUAUAUUGACCAAAUUGUGGCGCCGCUCGUGGAGCGUAAUCUCUAUUGGGCUUCGACAUACGGUAAUCAUGAUAGUCAAUUCAACCUCUCGCGGCAGGAGAUUUUUGCACGAGAGAAGCUAUACCCCAAUUCCCUGACGCAGAGUAUGGUCUGGACGUAUGGAUACGACUCGGGUCUGUCAAAUUAUUAUUUACCGGUCUAUUCGGCUGAUAAAAGCGACAAAACACCUAAGGUGAUUCUGUGGUUUUUCGAUAGCAGAGGUGGAAAUGAAUUCCAGGCUGCUAAUAAGAACGGUGAUGAAAUUCCUAUCGAUGAUUUUGUCCAUCAAUCGGUAGUUGACUGGUUCACCAAGACCCGAGACCAUCUCAACAAAAUCUACCAUGCAGCUAUUCCUUCAUUGGCAUUCUUUCACAUCCCGGUCACGGCCAUGCUCGCUUUUCAACAAGCCCCCGGUCCCAAGCCUCACACGGAGCCGGGCAUCAAUGCCGAUAAUCCGCUUGCUGAGCAAGGUCCUUCUGAUGGUUCCCUCAAUUAUACUGGCCUAGACAAACCUUUUAUGAAGGCUCUGGUAGAGACGAAGGGGCUGAUAGCUACAUUUAGUGGACAUGACCAUGGAAACGAUUGGUGCUUCAAAUGGAACUCAACUCUCUCCGAAAUGGAUAUCAAAGGCGCCGGAGUCGUGCUCUGUUUCGACCGUCACAGUGGCUAUGGCGGAUAUGGUACUUGGACCCGGGGAUCAAGACAAAUCUUGCUAGAUGAGAAGACGUUGGGUUCGCAGACAGAUACAUGGGUCCGACUUGAAGAGGGAAGUAUUUCUGGUGCUGUCACGCUCAAUGCUACAUAUGGCUUGGAUUAUUAUCCUGCUGUGGAGGAUACCUCGAUAUAAUGAGAUUGGUGUAUAUUAGAGGUCCAACCCUCGGC